UUGACUCGCCUGCAUUUUGUUCCGACUAUAUUUUGACAAGAAACUUAUCUUCAGUGGAUAUUUUAAUUGUAAGUACUGACUUUUUCUCUGCAAUUAAUAACACCAAAGUAUUAUAAAGUUUUUAAUUUUUAAAAUUUAGAAAGUUAAAAUUCUUUAUAUCGUCAUAAGUUUUAGCAUGAAUAAUCAAAGACCUCCACGAUUGAAACAGCUGUCUGGAGCUGCUGGGAGAAAAAGAGCGAUGAUUCGGAAAAAAAACGAAAGCAAAAACAAACGAACGCUUUUAGAUUGCGUUCGUUGGACAAAAAUCGAAGAUAAAUGCAAGCAGUUCAAUGAUAUUGAGAUCGGUAUCAAUGACUCUAAUAAGUUGCCAGACCAUAAUUCCGACAAACUUUUUCUUGCCGAUGACAUCGAUGACUCCCAAAAAACAUCAUCACAUUUAAAAAAGGAUCAGUUGGAUUUUGUACUUGAUUGUCACAAUGACCAACAAAUUUAUAAAAGUGAUCUUUCUAUACCAAUCUCUAACGAUCCUGCACUAUGGAAAUCAAUAUCAGACACUGAUCGAACGAAUAUAAUUCUGAUGGGACCUUCUUCAAAUCCUAGCAAUUUUCCAAGAGAUCAAAAAGAACGCAAAUUCCCUACUUAUAUCUUUUUAGAGGAACAAAGAAACGGAGAAAAAGUUAAAAGAGAUAGGCUCGUUUGGAGUAAGGCUGUGGCAUCACUCUUUUGUUUCCCUUGCUCCCUUUUUGGAUCGCCUAACUUAACCAGACCCGGUGUUUAAUCCAGUUUGUUGUCUUGGAAUGGAGGUAUACAUGGAAAUUGGAGAAAAC